GCAGGAGCAGCACACGGGCGCAGCGAUGCUUGACUCAGGCCGCCUUCACUCCGCCAUACGCGCUCUUGCGCUCGCCCUCGCUCCCUCCUCGUCCCCCGCUGCCUUCUAGCAUGCGUCUCCUGCUGCCACACCGCGCGCCGUCAUGACAGAACGCCGCCUACCAGUGAAGCAACUGGUCAUUCUGUCAAUAUGCCGCUUCGCGGAGCCCAUUGCGCUGACUUCGGUCUUCCCCUACAUCCCCGAAAUGAUGGAGAGCUUCGGCGUGGCUGAGAACGACAUCGCGCGCUGGGCUGGCUUCACCUCGGCCGUCUUCUCCAUCGCGCAGGCAGUCACAGGCAUACCAUGGGGCGCCGCCUCGGAUCGCUGGGGUAGGAAGCCUAUCAUCCUCAUCGGCCUCUUCAACACCAUGGUCUGCAUGCUGCUGUUCGGCUUCUCCACGUCCCUCCCCAUGGCCAUCACCGCUCGGGCGCUGCAAGGACUCGGCAACGGGAACGUGGGAAUAUUGCGCACGACAGUGGCCGAACUGUGUCCUUGGAAGGAGCUGCAACCUAGGGCAUUCAGUAUCAUGCCUCUGGUUUACACCAUCGGUGCCAUUUUCGGUCCAACGUUGGGCGGGGCGCUUUCGAAUCCUCUGCGAGUAGACCCACGAAAGCCUCACGGCGGCUCGUUCUUUGAGCGAUUCCCAUACAGCCCCCCGAAUCUGGUCGCGGCUGCUUUGUUCACCAUUGGUAUCAUCACGGGAUGGUUGUUCCUGAAGGAAUCCUUGGAGAAAAGAAGGCACGACCGCGAUCUUGGUCUGAUCAUCGGUGCCAAAAUAACAGUUUUCGUUCGGAAAGUAUUGCACAUACCCAAGAAACAGAAGAAGCUCAACGCCGAGCGAGAACCGCUGCUAGGUCAAGCGAAAUUGAUCAACGACGAAGAAGCGGUGCCCAAUGGGCCAAGUGCGCCAGAAGAAGAAGAAGGCAGCCCGAGAUUGAAGGACGUACUCACCUAUCAGACUAUCCUGAACCUGGUUGUGUAUACUCUGCUAGCUUUUUACACGCUUGCCUAUGAUCAGAUCAUUCCCGUUCUGCUGCACCAUCCGCCCAUGUCCAUCGACGAUCCAGAUGUCUCGCUACCGUUCAAGUUUUCCGGCGGCUUUGGAAUCGAUUCCAGGCGAAUUGGUGCCAUGUUCACAAUAUUUGCGAUUACCUCGAUGCUCACGCAGUUUCUCGUUUUCCCAUACCUCGCGCGAAAGUGGGGCGUUCUCUACUGCCUCCGAGUGGCCUUUUUGAUAUUCCCGGUUAUGUACUUCAUAACGCCAUUCGUUACUUUGAUACCCGAUCAAACAACAAAGGAGGUGGUAAUGGUUACAAUCCUCAUCAUCCGUGGUUUUGGUGGCACUUUUGCAUUCCCAACAUCGACGAUCAUGCUUACAAACAGUGCCACCAGUCUACGGGUUCUGGGCACACUCAACGGCUUUGCGACAAGCGUUUCGGCUGUGGGACGCGCAUUAGGACCAUUGUUUACCGGAAACCUCUUCACGUGGAGCUUGAAGAAAGGUUACAUUAUCAUACCCUUUUGGACACUGUCGUUCAUAUCGUUCCUGGCAUUCAUACCCACGCUUUGGCUGGUAGAAGGAAAGGGCUUUGGCGACGAUCCAGAUUCGGACGUUGAUAGUGUGGUGUCUGCCACAGCACCAUCCGAUGAUCUCAUCAUAACGCAAAACUUCGACGCUGUUUCCGAGUCUGACUAUGGUGAGCCAACGAAUCUCCUUUCGCACACGAGCACAAGAGAUAGUGAAGCGAUGACCACGGACGACGAGGAGUACUCUGGGAACGAGAGUCCAUAUGAGCGGCAUCAUGGGCGACGCGAUACUGCCAGCAGUGCAGGACUUGAUCGAACCCUCUCGCGAAGGGGUGUCAGACGAAGAAGUUCGGUACCUUUAGGCAUGGGUGUGGGGUUCAGAAGGUUGAGUUCGAAUAUUGGAAGUACAGGUAUCGGCGGCGGAGGUGCAAGCUGGGGCGGGACAUGAAAUCUGUAUUCAUAUGCGUCCAACAUGACGAUUGGUAUUGUGUCAGAUACCUACCCAACGUAGCAAGAUUUACAUCGCGGCGAAUGGUC